CUGGACAGGAAAUCCGCCCAACUUCUGCAGUGUGAUUCGUCUGAAGCUUGGGAGCCCUUUUUAGAUUGAAGCACCAACAGAAUGAGACGGGGCUGGCCAGAAAAUGGGGGACACGCUGGAGAAGAGCUCUGAGGAGCCCGAGAUCUCUUUGGACAAUGAGUGCUCGAUGAAAAUGGGGGACCUGGUGGAAGUCUCGAGCAGCGAAAGGGUCAAGUUUGAUGAUACGGGUCUCUCUCUGGUGCUCCAAAACGGCCUGGAGAACCUCCGGCUUGAAAAUUCCCUUACGGAUGUCAUCCUGUGUGUGGACAGCAGGGAAUUCUCCUGUCACCGAGUGGUCCUUGCUGCAGCAAGCAAUUAUUUCAGGGCUAUGUUCUGCAAUGAUUUAAGAGAGAAAUAUGAAGAGAAGAUCAUACUUAAAGGAGUUGAUGCAGAAACCAUGAACAUACUCUUGGACUACACCUACACCAGCAAGAUGCUCAUCACAAAGCAAAAUGUACAGAAAGUCUUGGAAGCCGCCAGCCUCUUUCAGUUCCUUCGCAUGGUGGAUGCUUGUGCCAGCUUUCUCACCGAGGCCCUCCAGCCAGAGAACUGCGUUGGCAUCCUGAGGCUCGCUGAUGCCCACUCCCUGCACAGCCUGAAACAACAAGUGCAGAACUACAUCAUCCAGAACUUCACCCAGGUCCUGAACUAUGAGGAGUUCCUGGAGCUGCCAGCUGACAUCCUGUGCAGCACACUCAAGAGUGAUGACCUGUAUGUCACGGAGGAGGCCCAGGUGUUCGAAACCGUGAUGAACUGGGUGCGCUACAAGGAGUCGGAAAGGUUUUCCCUCCUGCCGUACGUGCUGGAGAAUGUCCGGCUGCCCCUCCUGGACCCUUGGUACUUCGUAGAGACUGUUGAAGCCGAUCAACUCAUUAGACAGUGUCCAGAUGUCUUUCCUUUGCUCCAGGAAGCAAGAAUGUACCAUCUGUCAGGCAAUGAGAUUAUUACAGAAAGGACCAAGCCCAGGAUGCACGAGUUCCAGUCUGAGGUGUUUAUGAUCAUAGGGGGCUGUACAAAAGAUGAGAAGUUUGUAGCAGAAGUGACUUGCCUGGAUCCUUUGAGGCGAAGCCGCCUGGAAGUAGCAAAAUUACCAAUCACAGAGCAGGAGCCGGAGAAUGAGAAUAAAAAAUGGGUGGAGUUUGCAUGCAUUACCCUAAAAAAUGAAGUCUACAUAUCGGGUGGCAAAGAAACAAAGCACGAUGUCUGGAAAUACAACGCCUCCAUCAACAAAUGGAUACAAAUUGAGUUCCUAAAUAUUGGGAGAUGGAGGCAUAAAAUGGCAGUGUUGGGUGGCAAAGUAUAUGUCAUUGGUGGCUUUGAUGGCAUGCAGAGAAUCAACAGCAUGGAAGCUUAUGAUCCCUUUCAUAACUGCUGGUCAGAGGCUGCUCCCCUGAUGGUCAACGUGAGCUCCUUUGCAGCAGCAAGCUACAAGAAGAGGCUCUAUGUGAUCGGGGGAGGGCCCAACGGGAAGCUGGCGACGGACAAGACCCAGUGCUACGACCCUGCAACCAACACGUGGAGCCUGAAGGCGCCGAUGCCGGUGGAAGCCAAGUGCAUCAACGCCGCCAGCUUCCGUGACCACAUUUAUGUGGUGGGUGGAGCAAUGAAAGCCCUCUACUCCUACAGCCCCCAGGAAGACACAUGGUGCCUGGUGACUCAGUUCACCCACGAGAGAGCCAGUUGUGGGAUUUCUCCUUGCAACAACAAGCUGUUUAUCACCGGGGGCCGAGAUGAAAAGAACGAAGUCAUUGCAACAGUGCUCUGCUGGGACCCUGAAACUCAGAAGCUGACAGAGGAGUGUGUCCUGCCCCGGGGGGUGUCUCAUCACGGGAGUGUUACCCUCAGGAAGUCUUACACACACAUCCAAAAACCAGGGACCAGCUGUACUUUACUCCUGCCAACACAAUACCUCCAACCAGGUGAAGAAAUGUGAUGUGUAGGUGGGAAAUUUACUUCCCAGCUAUAUCUACCCUGAAAUGUGCUUGAACUGGCUGAGCCUGGUCCCAGUGUUUGUUUAACUAUUUAUUGUGUUAAGUUGGAU